CGCAUGCGCACCAAGAUAUGACCUUUGCCCCAAAUAUGGCGGGUGUUAACAUCAUAUUGUCUUAGACAUACAUCAAUUCCUUCAAAUGACAGCUUGUUGGCCCUAAGGGCGGUAAGACUACUCCUUUAAGAGGGAAGAGGGAGUGAGAGUACGCAGUCUAAAGAUGGGUCUGCUGUCGCUGGGUUCGCCGCUGAGCUGGGAAGAGACGAAGAAGUGGGCGGACCAUGUCCGUAAACACGGCAUCCAGCAACUUAUCAACAUCUACCGGCGACUUAAGGACCGCCAUGGGGACGUCUUGAAGUGGGGCGACGAGGUGGAGUACAUGCUGGUUGUUCUGGAUGAAAACAACAGGACGGCCCGGCUGAGUCUGAAGGGGAACCAAGUCCUGGAACAGCUGGAGAAGAGGGAGAGAGAAAGCCCAAAUGACCCCCCCACCACCUGGAGACCGGAGUACGCCAGUUACAUGAUCGAGGGGACACCCGGCAAGCCCUACGGAGGACUCAUGGGGCACUUCAACAUGGUGGAGUCCAACAUGAGGCUAAGGCGUGAAGAGCUGCUGUCAUUGCUCGAUCGGGAACUGGGAGAAACUGCCAUUUCCUUCACAGUCUUUCCAAGGCUUGGUAGCCCAGCCUUCACAGACCCGCAGGUUGAGUGUAACCCAACAGUAAACACGGCGUCACGAUCGCUCUUCUUUCCUGAUGCUGCAAUCAACCAUCAUCCCAGGUUCAGGACCCUUACCCGGAAUAUAAGGGAGAGAAGAGGGGAGAAAGUCUGUAUCAACAUACCAGUUUUCCAGGACAAAAACACACCAAAACCAUUCAGGGAAACUUUUUCAAACGGUGACGAAGAAUCGAGAAAGGCUGCUAAAGAUGACCACAUCUACAUGGACUGUAUGGGGUUCGGUAUGGGGUGUUCGUGUCUGCAGAUGACGUUCCAGGCUUGUAAUAUAGACGAGGCAAGGCAUCUGUACGACCAACUGGCUCCACUUUGUCCCAUCUUUUUGGCGCUGAGUGCGGCUGCCCCGGUGUAUCGUGGGUACCUUGCGGACGUGGACUGCAGGUGGAACAUCAUCGCGGGAUCGGUAGACUGUCGGACACGGGAGGAGAGGGGUCUGGAGCCCUUGAAGGACGACAAGUUUGUGAUUCCGAAGUCCAGAUAUGACUCCAUCGACUGUUAUCUGACCCCAGAGGCGCAGAAGUACAACGACAUUGACCUUGUUCUGGACCAGGACAUCUGCCAGCAACUGGAGGACGCAGGAAUAGACAGGCUCCUGGCCCGUCAUUUCGCUCACCUGUUUAUCCGGGACCCGAUCUCACUCUUCAGUGAGAAGAUCCACCUCAACGAUGAUGAGGAGUCGGAUCACUUUGAGAACAUCCAGUCGACCAACUGGCAGUCCAUGAGGUUCAAACCGCCCCCGCCCAACUCUCCUAUUGGCUGGCGGGUCGAGUUUAGGCCAACGGAGGUGCAAUUGACAGAUUUUGAGAAUGCUGCGUACGUGGUGUUCAUCGUUCUCCUGACCAGAGUCAUCCUGUCGUACAACCUCAACUUCCUCAUUCCAAUAUCUAAGGUUGAUGAAAAUAUGCAGGAGGCUCAGAAGCGAGAUGCUGUCAGACAGGGGCUCUUCUGGUUUAGGAAGGAGGUCCUGCCUCCCAAUGAGUGCUGUGAGGAGGAUCCAAAACCCAAGCCGGCCGCCAAGUCCUACAGCCAGUAUAACGGGUCCUGUCAGCAGGAGGAGUACACCAAGAUGUCAAUCAACGAGAUCAUCAACGGACAGGCCGGUGGAUUCCAGGGUCUGGUGUCGUUGAUGAACUCUUACCUGGAGACGGUUGAGAUUGACGUGGACACCAGGUGCUCUGUACAGCAGUAUCUCAGGCUCAUCCAGAAAAGGGCUUCAGGGGAGCUGAUGACAACAGCCCGUUGGAUCCGUGCCUUCGUCCAGAACCACCCCAAGUACAAAUACGACUCCGUAGUGUCCGACGAAAUCGCGUACGACCUCACAAAGGUGUCGGACGAGAUCACGAAGGGCAUCCGCUCGUGUCCGGAACUCUUCGGAAUGCUGAACUCGCGCACUAAAGUUUCCCUACCCCCUGUAGUGCACAAGAAACUGAGGAAGGAAAACCCAGAUCACGAUAUUUUGACCUAAGAAAUUAACAAAUUAAACAGGAUCAAUUUAAAGUCAAACUGUCAUUUCCAACAAAAAAAUGUCCAACUCCAGUCUUUGUCAAGGAAUAUUAGCAAUCCACUGCAUCUGUGACAUCACAUUAUGCAGAUAGAACGUGUGACUUUGGUAAGUAGUGGAUCAUUUGUAGAAAGUCUAUGGUACUCAAUGUUGAGGUAUGGUUGUAAAGUUCUGACAUAGAUGGCUUCUUUUAUAAUUCCAGAAGGACUUAUAGUUAAUUUACCAACACAGAUGAACUUUCAAGAGAACUGUGUGGAAAGUGGUGUUACAGUUAGUUUGUAGCUUUUCUUGUUUUAAGCUGGUUUUAUGACGAUUCCAUCAUCACUUUGGAAAAUACUGUUGAGUCAUAAAUUUCCGCAGUGGUUUGACUUCGUGCCAGGUUUUUGUUGUGUCAAAGUUUGCAUUUAAAAAAAAUCUUUUACAUUCUUAAAAGUUAAGAAACACAAUCAUAUUCAUAGUAAUUCAUGAUUUCAGAAUAGGUCCCUGUAAGAACAAACAGCAAAAAUAAACCACAGCGAUCUUUUUAAGAUUGUGAGUAAUAGACAUUUUCAGUAUAUAUUAUAUCAAUUAGUGUCACAUCUUUUUCAAAUCCACAGUAGCUGAAACAGGAUUUCCCCCCCUUUAUCUUUUAAUUUAGCACAACUAUUUAGAAAUAUACAUUGUAGAAACAAUCCAACAAGAUAUUAUAAUGUAAUGUGUAAUAGUAUGCAAAACAGUGCUUUUCAAAUGUUGAUGUUAACAACAUGAUGUGGAAUUUUGUCAUAUUUUUUGGCGAUGCUCUUAGGAAGCGAGCCUAUUGUUGUUAAUGUGCUGGCUAGAGGAUUUUUGACUAAUGUGCAACUGAUUUUAAAGGGGAUAAUAUAAUUGUAUUUGGUGAUGUUAACCAAUAAGGAAGGGGAUGUGCAAAAUUCCAUUCAAAAUUAUUGUACAAUGUAUGUUGUAUGUAAAAGGAUGGCCGUAUGGUGAUACACAUCUACAUGUAAUGGCUAUUUUAUAUCUAAACAAGGGAGGGUGUCAUAUUAUAUUAUGGUGAAUGAAAUAUAAAAUUAAUUUUGAAUAAUUUUGUUACACCACAGCCACUAUAAUGUGUUGUAAACAUGCAGCGGAGGUAGCACAUACAGCAAAGGCAACCAAUGUACUGUACUGGCAUGAAACGUAUCGAAAUAGUACUGACUUUGUACAAUUUUAAGUCAUCUGCUACUGCUUUGCUUUAUUGAUUGAAAUUAGAUACUGGGGGUACAUUCAACUUUCAUCAUUCUGCCUGGUACCUUCAAGUUGAUAUAACCACAUUAUUCAAUAUUUCUUGAACACCUGGAUAUCUAAAAUCUGCAUUCUCUCAGGCUACAUGUACCUUUCUUAUGGGGUAGUUCUUACAUUAGAGUACCUUCAAGUGUGAACUUAUGAGACUUGGAUACUUGUUACUUAGAAUUCUAUGACAAAUCUUCGAUUUUACAGUGCCCAUGUAUAGUCUAAAUUUGUAGCGUUAAGAUUUGCAGUGUUCAUAUAAAAUUAAUGUAGUAACAUUAUGGACUUUAGCAUGGUUGAAUGCGAUAUGAUCACACCAACUUGUUAUCUUGCUUUUCAAACAUUUCAAAGUACCAAGAAAGCAAAAAGCCACACUACAUUUAGUCCCUGAAACAAUUUUUACCGUGUAAAAUUGCCCUCGAAGUGUAAAAUUGUCAUGUUGUGUUUCCUGCUUGCAUUCACAAAAUAUUAAUCCAAUUUAAGAACAAAGUUUAUUUGAAUUGGAUCAGCCUAUUAGUAAUUAUAAUAGAUUGAUGUUUUAUUAUCAUGGUAAAGUGACCAAAGUGACAUUUUCUUUUAAUUAGCUUAGGACUGGUAACUAGGGGUGAGUAUUGGAACAAAUCCAAAAAAAGUUUCCUCAGCCAGUCUGAUAUAAAUUAUUAGAUAGAUCCAGGUUUGUCCAUUACACACAUAAAUUUAUAAUAAGAUAAUAUAGUAUUGGCGGAACCCCUACUAUUACAUUUUGAAACACUCAAGUAUAUAUCAUCAGCAUGGCAUAUUAUAUAUUAGGUAAGAAAAAAAUAUGGCACCUUAUUCACUUACAUUGUCCAUUUAGAAGAAAACAAUACUAGUCUUUUUCAAUCUGUAGUAUUCAAUUUUGUUCAUAUCGAAUGUACUUCCAAACACAGAGAAACAACCAUUGUACACAGUCCAUUAAAACGUAGGCAAUUGUGCAUGAAGUUUUCAAGCCUGAAAAAAAAA